UGCCUCCCCCCUGCAGGAGAUCGUCAACUUCAACUGCCGGAAGCUGGUGGCCUCCAUGCCGCUGUUCGCCAACGCUGACCCCAACUUCGUCACGGCCAUGCUGACCAAGCUCAAGUUCGAGGUCUUCCAGCCGGGUGACUACAUCAUCCGCGAGGGCACCAUCGGGAAGAAGAUGUACUUCAUCCAGCACGGCGUGGUCAGCGUGCUCACCAAGGGCAACAAGGAGAUGAAGCUGUCCGACGGCUCCUACUUCGGGGAGAUCUGCCUGCUCACCCGGGGCCGGCGCACGGCGAGCGUGCGGGCCGACACCUACUGCCGCCUCUAUUCGCUGAGCGUGGACAACUUCAACGAGGUGCUGGAGGAGUACCCCAUGAUGCGGCGCGCCUUCGAGACGGUGGCCAUCGACCGCCUGGACCGCAUCGGUGAGCAG